ACUCAGGCGACUCUUUUUCCACAGCUGGCCGGAGGCGUGAUCCUUGGGGUGGCCCUUUGGCUUCGCCAUGACUCCAAGACCACCAGCAUCCUCUACCUGAACCUUGACGACAAGCCGGCCCCCAGCACCUUCUACGUGGGCAUCUACAUCCUCAUCGCCGUGGGUGCCGUGAUGAUGUUCGUGGGCUUCCUCGGCUGCUACGGAGCCAUCCAGGAAUCUCAGUGCCUGCUGGGCACGUUCUUCACCUGCCUGGUGAUCCUGUUUGCCUGCGAGGUGGCUGCUGGCAUCUGGGGCUUUGUCCACCGGGACCAGAUCGCCAAAGACGUGAAGCAGUUCUACGACCAGGCUCUGCAGAAGGCCGUCCUGGAGGACAAUGCCAGCAACGCCAAGACCGUGGUGAAGUCCUUCCACGAGACGCUGGGCUGCUGCGGCUCCAACGCCGUCACCACCUUCAUCACUGCGGCCGUCAGCAGCGAGCUCUGCCCCAGCGGCAGCAACAUCUUCGUCACCACCUUUAAGGCAGACUGUCACCAGAAGAUCAAUGACCUCUUCUCGGGGAAGCUGUACGUGAUCGGCAUUGCUGCCAUCGUCGUGGCCGUCAUCAUGAUCUUCGAGAUGAUCCUCAGCAUGGUCCUGUGUUGUGGCAUCCGGAACAGCUCCGUGUACUGAGGGGCUCGGGCUGGAGAGGAGGAGGGGUGCCCCCACACUGGCUGAGAAGCCCAGGGAAUCCUGUCUAGAAAUGUUUCCGCUAUUCCUGCGCAGUACUUAGGAGCGUUUUUUACUUUGGGGGAGGGGGGAGGGCUAUUUUCCAAGCAAAGGACUUGCCGGAUCCCUCUCUGUGCCUGUGGCCACAGGGGCUCAGAGGGGGCUCCUGGAAGAGGGCAGAGAGGGAUUCUGAGGGGGGAAGGCCCUGUGGCCCCUGGCCCGGGGACCCUCUUCCCCCCCCUCAUCCAGCGGUGGCCUUUUCUGUCUUAUAACCGCUCUGCAUUCUUGGGGCCCGGCCGGCUCUUCCCCCAGCAGCAGCAGCAGCGUCUGCCAUUCUCACCCUUUCUGGCCCCUUAGAUUGUCCAGGCCGACUCGCAGAGGAGGGGGGGCUCUUGCUCGGCCGAGGCCCUCCCUUCCCUGGCCAAGGGACCGGCAGAGCCCAGGGAGGGUGCCCGGGCAGGGUCUCCUGCCACCUCCUGGGGUUGGCACUGCCCAUGGCCACACAAGACCUUCCUUGGCCCUCUGAGCCCUUCGGCAGUGACCCGAGGGGCCUGAGGCAAGCGAUGGAGCCCUAGAAAGCCUUAAAGGAAGACCGACUGCCCUGAUCCACCUUUCUCUGGGGGGGGGCCAAGCCCCCAGGCCCGCCUCCUCAGGCCCCCCUGCCGUGCCGGGCUUGCAUGUUUGUUUACAUAGAUGUCGUAUGUACCCAAGGAGUGUGUCCUGGGCCUCGGCCCAUGUUGUCUGGCCUGUGGGCAGCUGCCAGGCCUCCUUCCUGUCUGUGUUUCUGUUGUGGGUCGCCCCCUGGCUGGGCUAGCAGAGGUCUGCAGCCUUCACCCCUGGGGGACAAGCCCCAAAGGGUUCUGGGGCUGGGGGGGCAACCCAGGAGUGAGAUGGGGCAGGGGAGGCCGAGUCUGGGAAAAGAGGGCCCUUUAGUAACCUUUGCACCCGCCACCCCAUCCCUGCUUUGCUCAGGGCCUCUGGGCCCCACUCUGGGAGGGAGCAGGGGACAGCAUGGCCUGAGGGUCCCCCAGCCCCCCCUUUGCUUUGCUGAGACCCCCCCCACGUCCCCUCUUCCGUCGUCUGUCUGCCUGUUUAGCCAACAUUUAAAUCCAUGUAGAUGAGAAGAAAUAAAGUUUUUCUUGGUGA